UGGGCCCCUGCUACAGUGCUCCUGCCGGCGGAUCAGUGCAGUGCUCCCUGUCCCUGAAAGCCUGCAGUCUUGCGGUUCAACAGAUAAAGUCGGCUCGGAGAAAUGCUUUGGUUUGAGGGUUCUAUUCCUGACGCCAUUAACUUGGCUAAACAGCGAAGUUCCGUGUUUGUCGUUGUCAUCACAGGGGAAGAUGAACAGUCCGCACAGCUCAUGUCCAGCUGGGAGGAUGACAGAGUGUCUGAGGCAGCCCACAACUGCUGUGUGGCCAUCAGAGUGGACGCCAACAGUGAGCCAUGUGUGCAGUUCUCUCAGAUCUAUCCAGUGGUGUGCAUACCCUCCAGUUUCUUUAUUGGGGAGAAUGGGAUCCCUCUGGAGGUCAUUGCUGGCAGUGUGUCAACUGAAGAACUGGUGAAAAGAAUCAACAGAGUGAAACAGAUGCAUGCUCAGCAGAUUGGGGGUGGGACAGUGUUACCAGAGGCAAGUAGUCCUGUGGAGACCAGCCUACUGGAUAGAACAGCUUCAGUUUCAGCUCCAGCAAUACCCGUCAGGUCAGCAGUAGCCACAGAACCUGCAACAGUACCAGGAAUAGCAGAAGCAUCACUGUCGAGCACAGUGGAUGAUGACAACCUUUCAGCCACAGUGACUCUUGCAGAGAAUGCAACUUCAGAUCAGGCUGCUCAGAGUGAAGAAAAUCUGGACGCUAAGGUGGAGAGGUUAACCAAGAAACUGGAGGAGAGACGAGAGCAGAGGAAGAGAGGAGAAGAGGAGAAUGAGAUCAAAAAGGAAAUAGAGCGGCGGAAGAUGGGGAAGGAUGUGCAAGACUUAAAGAGGAAACAGGAAGAGGAGAAGACCAAGCGACUGCUGGAGGAAAGAAACAGGGAGAAGGCUGAAGAGAAGGCUGCCAGGGAGCGGGUCAAACAACAGAUUGCCUUGGACAGAGCUGACAGAGCAGCGCGCUAUGCCAAAACUCAGGAGGAGGAGAAGGCUGCCAAGCAGGCCCAACUGCAGGCCAGACAGGCAGAGCAGGAGGCCAGGAAGGAGGCAUUAUUACGGGAGAGGAGUGCUACAGCUAGAAUACAGUUCCGCCUCCCAGACGGUUCAUCCUUCACCAGCCAGUUCCCCUCGCAGAGCAGACUGCAGGAGGUGCACCAAUUUGCAGUUCAGGAGGUGGGAAACCGCUACAGUAACUUCUCCUUGGCGACCAUGUUCCCUCGGCGGGAGUUCACCAGUGAAGACCUGACCAAGACUCUGCUGGAGCUGGAACUGGCUCCAAGUGCUUCCAUUGUGCUGCUGCCACAAUCAGGCAGGCCUACUAACACAGUGGUCCAGUCCUCUGGUGGUGGUAUCUGGGCAGUUUUGGGCACCCUCCUCUACCCUUUACUGGCUGUAUGGCGAUUCCUCAGCUCCUUUCUGUUUGCAACCCCACCCCCUCCUGGAGCAGCCAGAGGCCCCACCCACCAGUCCAGCUCUUACACUAACUCAUCAUCAGCCUUGGAUAAAGCAAAGAGAGAAUCUCUCUCCAAGCACACUCUGGAAAAGCGGCCCAAGGACUUUAAGAAGGAUGGUAAAAUCUGCAGGCUAAGGACUCAAGAGGACAGUGAGGAUGACAACAACACCUGGAAUGGGAACUCCACCCAGCAAAUGUAGCAAAAUAACAGCAGCUCUUGCUUCCUCUUGCUCUCCUGGUGUGAUUAGUUCAGUGUGAUAAGUCCCAGGUUUUUGCUGCACUGUCAGCUGCUCCCUUUGUUCUCUCCUCUAACUGUGUUCCAGGAUUUUGCCCCCGAACCUUGCCUGCAUGGAUAGAUCAAUAAUCAACAGAACCUCCUCUGGGCUUAAGCUGAGCGUUUUUGUGUUGAUUAUGACAUGAUUCUGUCAAACAUCCCAGGCUCAGGCUAUACCUGCAUUUUCUUUUGGGUCUGUAGCUCAUCGUUGAUCAUUCUCACAUCCAUCCAAGAUUAAAUAAUGCUGGUGGCCCUGGUUGCUCCUGUCACCAGCUUCUCUGGAAAGAGCAAAUCCACUGUAAACUGUUGACCUGAAGUAAAGAUAUUGUAAUCUGAACCUGGCUUCAUAUUAUGUCAUGGAAUAUUAUGUUUAACUCUGUCUGAUGGCCAGUGACUCAGCAGAUGACCUUACAGUGGAAUUAAGACGUUUUCUUUUAGACCAAUAAAUUAUUUCAUCAAACAGCUUGCAGCUGCUGGCUGAGGACUAUAUGGCUGACUCCAACAGCUAAAUUGGAGUUCUGCCAAGGUGGUGGUGGCAAACACACACAGUUACACACACACACAUACACACGUGUGUGUAAGACAAUGGGUGACCACUGUAGUCUCUUAUUCAACCAUGAAAAUUAAAGCAACCUGAUUUUCCAAAAA